AUGGCCUCAGUGACCAACGAUCGUCGACCAGACACUCAUACCUUCCUGCCACACAUACAUGAAAUACUCCCAGAACACUUCGCUCCCCGUCCUUCCCUGUCCACGACGUCUCUCUCCAUGAAGCAGGUUUCAAGAAAUCUGCAUCGCUCCCCGCCAUCCCUGUGGCCCAAUACUCUCAAUGUUGACUCGACGCCAUUCGACAGCCCCCGCGCCAUAUUAUCCAGGCCACAUUCUGUGGCGUUGCCAUUUAUUUCAUCCCCGUCAGGCUCUGAACGGCAAUCUUCUCCAGAACCCGGGCUUAGGGGAACCUCGCCAGCUCCGUCGACUCUUGAUUGCUCCUCCCGCGGCUCGUCGGCAUCUCGUUCACCCUCACUGUCUCCUUCCCAACCCACCAUCCGAACCAUCGUAAUAUCCGAGGCGAUAUCACUGCCAGUGGGGGUUGUCGAAACGGACGACGUUGACGAUAGCGAAGAUGAGUCUGACUACCACGAUUUCCCGCAAACAUCGAAAGCCAAGAGAAAGAGGAGCCAUCCGAAAAUCCACGUCUGCACCGUCUGCCGUCGACGGUUCAACCGACCGAGUAGUCUCCGCAUACAUGGGAAUACCCAUUCCGGCGAGAUGCCGUUCACUUGUCCUCAUCCCGGCUGCGGACGCGCAUUCAACGUGAAGUCUAAUAUGCGACGACACUUCCGAAAUCACGCAUCUGCGGAUCUUUCGGGAACCCUCUUGGUAUUCCACAACUCCACAGUGGUGGACAAUUCGAUCUCCACCACCGUCGGCGUGCUUCCGUAUGUGGACGCUGCGCUCGCUGCUGCCAGCACUGGCCAUUUACCCACUUGCAGCAGCAGUCGCCACAUCCCCCCUGUAAAGCAUCCCUUCACCUCAGUGGAACCGCCGUCGUUACGACUUCGUCCCGCUUGGCCGAUCCCGGAACACAUCGAACGCCCAACAAAAAAAUUUCACUCGUGA